AUGGCAGUAUCGUCGCGGCCCAUAAUUUUUAUUGUCCUGUUGGAUCUUUUCGGUGGGCUGAGCGCCCUCAUUAUGUGUUUGAGGCUCUUUCUGCGCAAGUAUCGCCAUCAGCGAUUCGAAGCAGGCGACUACUGCACUAUUUUCUGUCUUAUAACCCUCCUUGCAUGUAUGGGCUUGCUUACCGCUGUGAGCGUUAUCACCUUGGGUCGUGACAUUCGCCUGCAGGCCCAGAACCUCACGGAUCAAUUGCUCAAUGACCAGCUUCUUGAGAACAAGAUGCUGGUGGCUCACCAAGCCAUUUUUCGUGCCUAUCUUUGGGGUCAGAAAGCGGUUGUUCUGCUUUUUAUUUCUCGCGUGUUGGAGGGCCUCCCGUGGCCCUUCAUAUUCGUCCGUAUUAGCUGGGUAAUCCUACUUCUGUCUUACGGCGCCAUCGAGCUGGAGAUGUUUAUGGUCUGUGACUACCGCAAGACGAAACCCUGCCUCGGCCGUGUCGGCAACCUGGUCGCCUACAUCCUCCUCAAUGGCUUGACAGACCUGAUGCUCAUUGUGCUGCCACUUCCUUGGCUGGUGCGAGUGAAACGACCCUGGCAGCGACGGCUUCAAUUAGUCGCACUCUUCUCCGUCGGUUUUCUCUGCAUCAUCGCCACUAUUCUUCGCGCACCUAUCCACGGCAACACUCAGGAUCUUGUCGGACAGGGCUACUGGACCGCCGUCGAGUUCAUUGCGUCUGGCAUUGUCGCCAACUUUCCCACGCUGUGCAGUCUUCGCCGCGCCCGAAAGCCGGAUACCCCACUAUAUCCCGAGUCUCCGUAUCCUGCGCGGUCCCAGGGCUCCAAAAUCCGGUCGGCGACCAGCAUCGAGCUGCAUGAGUCGCUGGAUUUGGAUGAUCUUGAUGGCGAUGCACGAAGAACUGGAAAUAUCGCCAGCCAGGCGAGCAAUGAGCCACUGUUCUUCGAGGAUUCGGAAACGGAUAGUCUUCGGGCUGAAGGGCUCAGGUCUAGAGGUUGAGUUUGAGAUGGCGAAUGGUAUACGUCGUGAGACGGACAAUUGGAGAUGCCGGGGUGUUGGAUAUACGGGACUUUAAGCCUGUUGGACGUCAUAGGAGACCUGGAAGGGUAGACGGUACGGAUAUUGUUACCGUCUUCCAUGUACACACUUUCUUCUUUGU